AAUUUCUCUCAGAGCAGGAGCGCUAUUACGGACAUAUUUGGGACAUUGUUAUGUUAAGAGAAACAUAGGCUUUGUGUAUGGUUUCCUAUUUCAAGUUAUUUAUCACUUGUUUUUAUAUCAUUAUUUAAUAAUGAUAGCAAUUUAACAAGAUAUUAUAUAUAUAUAUAUAUAUAUAUAUACUGGUUUUCUGUUAGUUUUUUAAUAGUUAGUUAGUUAGACUAAGAUAUUUUUCACCCUGCAUUUUGACGUUCGUUUAACAUUUAAAACGUUUUAAUUAAGUUCUUGCGUAUUAGCCUACACUGCGUUCUCAUUUUGAAUAAUACAUAUUUGUUUAAGUUGCAGUUUCUGCGUAGACUAAACUAACAGUGCGCACAGGUACCCAAGGGCAGGUAACAGAAAAAUUGUCUCAAUAUGGGCGACAACCCUGACUUUGAUGAGGAAGAAAUUAAAGAAGAGAAAAAUUGUCUGGAUCUGGGAAAAACGAACCCUUCCAAAUCCGUGUACUUGGAGGAACAUAUCGAAUGCACGAGCAUCCCGAAUGUGAACAAAGACAAUACAACUACUACGCAUGUAUACAAAAGGAGAUGGGUGAUGGUGUUACUUUUCAGCUCUUAUUCCCUGUGCAACGCAUUUCAAUGGAUCCAAUACGGAAUAAUUAACAAUAUUUUUAUGAAAUUCUACAAUGUGGACUCUUUUGCCAUCGACUGGAUGUCAAUGAUCUAUAUGCUGACCUAUAUUCCCUUUAUAUGGCCUGUAUCCUGGCUUUUGGACAAAAAGGGACUGCGGCUCAUAGCACUGUUGGCCACCGCCAUUAAUUGUCUUGGGACAUGGAUCAAGGUGGCCAGCGUCAAGCAAAACCUAUUUUGGGUGACCAUGCUCGGACAAUUCGCAGGCUCCCUAUCACAGGUCUUCAUCCUUGGGAUGCCUUCCCGCCUAGCAUCGGUUUGGUUUGGCUCUGAAGAGGUGUCCACCGCCUGUUCCAUCGGCGUAUUUGGGAAUCAGUUGGGCAUUGCCAUUGGCUUCCUGGUGCCACCCAUCCUCGUGCCAAAUGUUGACGAUAUGGACGAGCUGGCAUACCACAUCAGCAUCAUGUUCUACAUCACUGCUGGAAUGGCCACCGUGAUCUUCAUCCUCGUAGUCUUCAUGUUCCAAGAGAAGCCGGAAAUCCCUCCCACCCUGGCUCAGGUCCAGGCCAGGAGCACCCCUCCAGAAGAGUACUCCUACAUGGCCUCUAUCCUGAGACUGCUGCGUAACCUACCCUUCAUGCUCCUUGUCAUCAGCUAUGGGCUGAAUGUCGGUUGUUUCUAUGCUGUUUCCACACUGCUGAACCGGAUGAUAAUUGAGCAUUAUCCAGGUGAAGAGGUGAAUGCUGGGAGAAUUGGCCUCACCAUUGUCAUUGCCGGGAUGGUGGGGUCCCUCAUAUGUGGGAUCUGGUUGGACAAGACCAAAACCUACAAACAGACUACCCUGGCUGUGUAUCUCAUGUCCUUCAUGGGAAUGGUGGUCUAUGCCUUCACCCUGAACUUAGGCCACAUAUGGGUGGUGUUUGUGACAUCAGGGGCUCUAGGGUUCUUCAUGACUGGAUACCUGCCACUUGGCUUUGAGUUUGCUGUGGAGCUGACCUUCCCAGAGGGUGAGGGCACCUCCUCAGGCCUGCUCAACUGUUCAGCUCAGAUAUUUGGGAUCAUAUUCACCAUCGGUCAAGGGAAGAUCAUAGACCACUUUGGCACAUUCGCUGGGAACAUCUUUUUAUGUGUCUUCCUCCUCAUAGGGACCAUCAUGACAGCAUUCAUCAAGUCUGACCUCCGACGGCAAAAGGCCAACCAUCUGGCUGAGAAUCAGGUGGUGAGUGCUGCAGGCUCCCCAUCUCGGGUACAGGACUACGGGGCCACAGCACCCAGCAGCCCACAGGAGCAGCAGUCCUGACACUAACCUCACUAAAACCCAAACACACACCUGCCAAGAAACAGGCAAGUCACCCACAGGAAGGCCUCUCAGCCAGCUACACUGAAGGAGGUCAAAGUAUAAGGAGGAAAUCAAGUUGAACGGGUGUGAAAAGAAAGAAAUCCCAUCAUACACUUGGAAUCACACAGGUUCUCCCUCUACAGCAAAUUACUUGUCAGAAGAUAAUGGUUUGAUUAUCAAGCACAACCAAGGGUAUUUCAAUUUUUUUUGUGCUGAUAAUUCAUAUUUAACUGUCACUUUUUGAGAGUUCACUAUGAAUUGUUUAUAUUUACAUUUGGUUUCUCUAGCUUUAAAUGUCUCCAAUCUAAAUAUUAUAAAUGUUGAUGUCUGUGCAUUUUGAUAAGAGCAAUAUUCAAACUGUGCUUUUUGUUUCCUGACAUUUGACCAAUACCAUACUGGAGGAGAAAGUAUUAAUGUAACUGUUCUAUUUUUGGAAUUUGUUAAGUUUAGUUAAAAUUAGACUACAGAUUCAGUGGUUUCAGUUGAAUGGCAGUCUGUUCAGAGGGCCGAUCCAGUCAAGCCAACUCACCUAGUGGCUUAACAGGAUUUUGAGAUUGUUAUCUGCCAUAUAGGAUUACAAGGAGAUAAUUAUGAGUAAAUCAAAUCAAAUCAAAUUGUAUUUGUCACAUGCGCCGAAUACAACAGGUGUAGACCUUACAGUGAAAUGCUAACAUACAAGACCUUAACCAACAAUGCAAUUUUAAGAAAAAUACAUGUUAAGUAAAAAAUAGAUAAGUAAAAAAUAAUAAAUAAAAGUAACAAGUACUGCUGAUAAUGGUGAAUAUGGUUGAUACUGUGCAUCUGAGUAUGUCUCGUAAGGACUCAACCUCUUUAACCACAUUCUUAGAACUUUGGGACGAUUCUAUUUCAUAUUUCUCUGCAUUGACUUGUUAAAUAGCCUUUAAAGGAACCCAAUGAUAACAGAAUGUGAGCAAAAAAUCAUUAGCGUGGCGAGAGACAAUCCAAUGGACUUUUUGGAAGUAGGCUAGUGUUGUAUUUUCUAAAGUAUAUGAUUUCUUUGACCUGUAGUUUUGUUACUGAGAAACCUUUUUCAUCUGCUUAUUUGACUUGAUGUGUUGCGGUUAGAAGUUGUCCAGUGAUUUUUAUUUUUUAAUGAUUGUGUAAUCUUAUAAGAAGUGUUUUUCACUCAAAUGAUACAGUAUAUUGUUUUGUAUAAUCAUUGUAUAUACAGUACCAGUCAAACGUUUGGACACACCAACUCAUUCAAGGGAUUCUCUUUAUUGUUACUAUUUUCUAAAUUGUAGAAUAAUUGUGAAGACAUCAAAGCUAUGAAAUAACACAUAUGGAAUCAUGUAGUAACCAAAAAAGUGUUAAACAAAUCAAAAUAUAUUUCAUAUUUGAGAUUCUUCAAAGGAGCCACCCUUUGCCUCGA